ACUAAGCCCCGGCAGGCUGACGCUGGGACAGCUUAUUAUUUUCUUCCGGCCCUUUGGUGGAGACACACACUGGGUCCCUUUGCAAAUCCCGGGCCCUGCUCCCCCGCCUGCUUCCUGCAUAGCGCUAGAAGCCUCUGCAGGAAUGUAGCUCUUCUGGGGCAGAGCCGGGGCCUCCAUGGCCCACUUUCAAGAUCCAGAAUAGACUCUGACAUGUGAAAUGAGCUCCACGGGGUUUACAAUCCUCCUUCGUAUCCAAGCACCUUAAACAUGAAACCUCAUGCCGGGAUUGCUAACCAUUCUUCCAGAGACGCCUGGAUAUCAUCUGUCUGGCAGAAAUGCGCUAACUACAUGUGAGGUCCUUCCCAGGUCUGCCUUGCUCUACUCCUCCUUCACAGCACGGAUACAAGAUCACUAUGCUUAAGAGCUUCAUUUUACGGAUGAGGCAGCGGAGGAUCAGAAAGGUUAAUGACUUGCCCAGUCAUGCAAAGAGUUAAUGACACAGCAGAAACCAAACCCAGGUCUAUGCGAACUUCCCUUUUUCCUGGCCUUUCCAGCCCAGUCGGAAGUAGGACUAUCCACUCUGUUCCCCCAGUGGGCUCUGGCCUCAGCCCAGCCCUUUGAAAGCAAUGGCAACUGAUUCUACUGUAACAAAGGCCAGGAGGGACUUGACUGCCACUGGGUCAUCUUGGGGAAGCAUCAUAGUGACGACCAGAAAAGUGCUGGUGGGGGUGUUUAUCGCACUGAGCUGAGAAAGAGGACCAUUCUGUGUCAAGGGAGGAACCUGCAACGACUCCAUUCAAUAGACACAAGUAUCCGUCGGUGGGGCUGUAACAGUCUGCCUGUGGCAGGUGCUGAGUAGAAGUGGUUGGCAUCUAGAGUAUGACAUCUUGAUCUCCCUCAAAUAAUAUUUGAUCCUGGAAGCCAGGGGAUGGUUUAUUCUCAGUGACUUGGGGAUUCUUGAGGAUUAGAAGGAUUCUACAUUAAAGAACAGGAGAGAAAGACAUUGAACCCACAGGCUCUCUGUCACCCUGGGCAGUAACACACAAACCCAUGAAUACACUGAGAAUGGUGACUAGUACAUGAUAUUCAGCGCCCAAGUAAACGAGAAGAGGGCAUCACGGCACAUCAGUGGCAACGCCUUGAAAACGCGAUAACCAGCAGCUGCUGAGCCAUGGCUGAAGGGGAAAUCACAACCUUCACCGCCCUGAUGGAGAAGUUUAAUCUGCCUCCGGGGAAUUACAAGAAGCCCAAACUCCUCUACUGUAGCAACGGGGGCCACUUCCUGAGGAUCCUUCCAGAUGGCACAGUGGACGGGACAAGAGACAGGAGCGACCAGCACAUUCAGCUGCAGCUCAGUGCGGAAAGCGUGGGGGAGGUGUAUAUAAAGAGUACCGAGACUGGACAGUACUUGGCCAUGGACACCGAUGGGCUUUUGUACGGCUCACAGACACCAAAUGAGGAAUGUUUGUUCUUGGAAAGGCUGGAGGAAAACCAUUACAACACCUACACCUCCAAGAAGCACGCCGAAAAGAAUUGGUUUGUUGGUCUCAAAAAGAACGGAAGCUGCAAACGUGGUCCUCGGACUCACUAUGGCCAGAAGGCAAUUCUGUUUCUCCCCCUGCCAGUCUCCUCUGAUUAAAGAAAUCUCUUCUGGGUGCCGACCACUUCAGAGGAGGCUGAGGGGUCCUCACCCAGUUGACCCCAGAUUGUUCCCUUGACCAUUGGCUGCACUAACCCCUGGCCCACAGAGCCUGAAUUUGUAAGCAGUGCGCUUCUAAAUGCCCAGUUCACUUUUUUUGCAGAGCCUCUUACCCCAGCACAGUUUGGAACAGAGGGAUCAAAUUGCUUCUAGGGGCCAACAGGCUGGUCAGUCUGGGUGUGUGGAUGUCCAGCUGCCUCCGGGCACCUGCUGUAGGCUGAGCCUCUCAAUGCAAAGGCGUGGCCAAAUGAAGUGUGUUCAGGGGGCUGCCAUGUGAGUCAUCAGUAACUGCAUACAGUUCCUUCUACUGAGUAAACUCUGUCUGUGAUUCCCCCAAACAUCUGGCAUGAUGCCCUUUUGUCCUUUCAGUUCUCCACAUGUAUUAGCAGAGAAGCUUAUGGCUAGGUGAGGGGAAGGCAGUGUUCAGGGGUAAAACGGGGAUGAAGAAAUCAACCCCCCCCCCCCCCCCCCCCCGCCAAGAAGAGAAGGGACUAAAAUGGCAAGGGGAGAUCGGGUUCUGGCGGACAGCUCACAAGGAUGGGCUCUCAACGCAGAACAAACAAAGGCUGGGAGGCUUAGCCCCAAGAAAGGAUAAAUGCAUAGCUUCAGAAGUCCUUAGGAUGCCUUGACUUUCCCAAGAUUAUCAGGCAGCAGGAAGCCCCAGGAUGAUGGGCACCAUCAGAAGUGGGCUCUUGAUAAAAGCAAAAACAUCCAAGGUUGGUAAAUUCAUUUGGAUCUGGGGUGUGGGAGUGCUGAGAAAGAAAGGAAAUGUGGGCUGAGGGGACGGCUUUCCUUGAAAGAGGUAGAUUUCAGAAGCGAGGAGGAAAGAGAAAGGGACGCCGUGACUUGUGCCUGGUCCCCAGAAAACAGAGGAUCUGGGGUCCCAGGCAGUGCUUACAAAUCACAAGCGGAUCGGGUUCGAGUGUAGAUUCCGGUGCAGUGGGUCUGGGGUGCAGUCUGUGUAUUUCUAACAGGCCCCGGGUGCUGCAGGUGCGGCUGCCCUCCCCCCACCCCAAUUUAAGUAGCAAAGUCCUGAAGAAUGCAGUACGAAGGAAGGUGGCUCAAGCCCCCUGAUCCUCUCUCGCCUCACCCCUAGAAACGUACACACCACGAGUCUUCCUGAGCAUUCAGGCACCAUCAGCAGCAGUGACGCUGGUGUGAAGGAACAAGGACUUAAGGCGCUUUGGCCCGGUGACUAUAAAAUACCCAUUUAGGAGAUAUACAAAAGCAUACUUCAAAAAUGUUAAACCCUCACCAACAGCUUUUCUCAAGAGACCAUUUGUGUUACGAUUACUUGUAUAAAUAUGCUUCCUGCUUAAAGUAAACUUGACCCAAGUGGCUAGCAAAUUAGAAACACCAUUCAUCUCUGACAUAUGAUACCGUUGCCAUGUAAAGGCCCUUAAUAAGCCAUUUACAUUUACUGUGAGACUGUAUGUUUUAAUCACAUUUAAAAAUAUAGAGCUCAAAGGCAGUUAACUGAUUAGCAUUCAGCCGCUGAGAAUAAUAAUAGGCUAUGAUGUAUAAGCUCUUCAAUUAUCUACUACUUAUACUAUAUUUACCUAUAAAAAGAGAUUGUACUUCGUUUUCCAUUAUGCUAUUACAAAUUUUCCUUUGAAAGUAGGGACUCUGAAGCAAAGGUAUGAUAACUGUGGAUAAAAACUGUUAAGAAUAUUAGCUCAUGGUAUAAGGAACUGACAUGACUAAUUGAAAAAUAAUUCCUUACUAAAUGAAUUGUCAUGUUUAUGAUAGGGAAAAAAAGACAAUUUGUGAAAGUUCAAAGCAACGGUGCAACUGAGGAACUGAACUAAGUUCACACUAUGGUUCAUAAUAUCAUUCUGCAUUUGUACAGAAAAACGAUUUCAGAACUUUUUGUUUUUGUAACUUGGAUAAGACAAUUCUAUUUUAUUUUAGUAAAUGCUUACAGGCAAGUUGGGGAUCGUGCAGUGUGGUUUAACAUCUCCUUACUCUGAAGAUCUGGCAGAAAAGGGUACCCAGAGAGGAAAUCUAAAGUAUUUAUAAUGGUCCACAAUUUUUAGUGUAUGAAUCAAAUUCAAAUAUAACAUUGGCCAAGAAAAAUUAAAUGUUGCUAACAGAUGAGACGGAAGUCGGUGGUUUCAGAGAUCCAAAGCAGUUAGAAGAAACACUACUGUGACCUCCACAAUCUCCGCCUGAUUAUUCAUGCAUUCAUUCAGUGAAUAUUUAUUUAGUGCCUACUGUGUGCCAGGCACUGUCCUGGGUACCAGGGCCCCUGGAAACCUUGUCUGGUUCGCUGCUGUAUUCUCUCCCAGGGCAUUAUAUUUAUAAUGAAAGACGCUGUGGAUUCAUUUAUUUCAGUCAAGUAAAAACAGAGACUGUGUAGGUUCCUGCUGAAUAAACAGCAAGUCCCAGAAACCCAGGUUCUGGAAGAAUUAGCAACACCCAGUGUAAGAUAAACCUAUCAAGGUGUCAGAGGACAUGGCAAGGUAAACCUAGUAUUUUCAACCAUAGAACCAUGUCCGCUUCGGGGGGACUGCUUUCAAAUUGGGAAAAGAGCCUGUCAGAUCUUGUAAGCGAGGAGUAGCUGGCAGAUCCCCCGCCAUUGGGAACAUGCUCUAGUUCCUUAAACAUGGAGUAUUCCUGUUGUGCUCUCUCCCUUCCCUGAGUAAGUCAUGUAGCCAUCUGCUUGUCACAUGCCUCUCGUUUGGAUUCAUUUUCAGGCCAACUGUUAAGAAUUGCCUGACAUUCUGUACAAAGCAUCACGAGCAUUUAUGCUUUUGAUUGUUUUCAAUGCGGAGGUGGAGGUUGUUAGUGAUCUGUUUCCUUGGAAGGGAUGAUAGUUAGAGACUCCUCUAGCCAACAGUGUGUACUUAUCGAGAACUGACUAGAGCAUCAAGUGUUCCUGAAGACAAGGUCCUUGCUUUGUAUCAGAGGCGACGGAGCCCAACUCCUCAGCCUCGGGGAACACACUGCCUAAACCAACCGAGCCCACGGGCUGUGAAGCAGACCUCUGAUGAAGAAGACAUCUGUCAUUUUACAUCACUCUCUCUCUCUUUUUUUUUUUUUGGCACCUUACAAGUAUUAAUAAAUGUUCCACUAAAAGGU